AUACAGAUUGUCAAAGAUGGCGGCCUCCGGUGUGAUGGUUUUUUAACCUGAUUACCUGGAGCAGCUGCCUUGGCCCAUAUCCAGACACUUUCUUUCCCAGGUGUGAAGUGCAGCCUCAACAUGUCUGUGUUUCUGAGGAGGAUAAAGCCCAGCCGUGUUCUGCUUAGCACUUUCUGCCAGACUCUCUUCUCCAGUUCAUCCCCAUCCUCUUGGACUAAAGUGGUGUCAGAAGCAGAGAAGAUUGUCGGAUACCCAACCUCCUUCAUGAGUCUUCGCUGUCUACUCAGCGAUGAACUCAGUAAUAUCGCACUGCAGGUCAGGAAACUGGUGGGGACCAAGCACCCUUUAAUAUCUACAGCCAGGGGUUUUGUGAAUGACACCAGGAACAAUCUACAGAUGCGAGGUCUGGUUGUCUUAUUAAUGUCAAAAGCGGCUGGUCCCAGCAAAACAGCAGAGCCUCCACUGGAAGGAGACCUGGUCAGUGGAAUUUACUCCAGUCAGCGAAAUCUGGCAGAGAUCACAGAACUGAUCCACACGGCCUUUCUCGUGCAUCGUGGGAUAGUGAAUAUUAUGGAGCUGACAUCAUCUCACGGGUCACUGAAGGAUAUGCAGUUUGGUAAUAAAAUGGCUGUCCUGAGUGGAGACUUUCUUCUGGCCAAUGCGUGUACAAGCCUUGCUCAGUUACAGAACACUAAGGUCGUGGAGAUUAUAUCAAGCGCAAUUGGAGAUUUGGUCCAAGGCAUAUAUUAUGAAAACUCUAAAACUGGAGAGGACAAUAUGACGGAUGAUGUGAUGAUAGCUGACUGGGAAGAGCAAACCUUUCUAUCUCAUGGUGCCUUGCUGGCAAAGAGUUGUGAAAGUGCCAUGGAACUGGCAAAGCACGAUGCUGAAGUCCAAGAGAUGGCAUUUCAGUAUGGCAAACAUAUGUCUCUUGCCCACAAGCUAAAUUCCGACCUUCAGCCAUUUGUUGAAGAAGCUUUCAAUGACUCCGUGCCUUUCAGUCUGAACUCUGCACCAGUCGUUUUACAUCGGGAGCUUUUGGGUCGAGACACUUGGAUUAAUCAAUUUAAAGAGGCUAAAAUCAAUGGAGAACAAAUUGACUAUGUCAAGUUGCACCGAAUAAUCAAGGCUGGAAAAGGUGUUAGUUCAUCUCUUGACUUAUGCCAUUACCAUGGAAACCAAGCAUUGGAAGCCCUCCGCUGCUUCCCCACAUCAGAGGCCACGUCAGCUUUGAAAAACAUUGUUUAUGCCGUAACCAAAUUCUGACUCGUGGAAACUGCACAGAGAGAACAGACCUAUAAGAAAUCUGCACCGUUCAGCAGCCAACAAUCUAUGUGAAGAAAAAGAAUUCUUAAUAAUGAGGAGAAAGAUUUGUUCUUUUAACUGCAGCGAUACUAAGCAAGUGAGCUGUUUUUUUUCUUUCCCCAUUGUAUGGCUGCAAACAAAUUUAGAGAAAGGUCAAACAGUUUUCCCUUGUCAUGCCAGAAACACACCGGAGGCAGCGAGGGCAGAAAUAAUUAAUGAGACUUGCUACUGUGACCUCAGCAAAUGGACAGGAAAUAAGGCCGUAUUGAUUGGACAUAACCAGGGAUGGCGCCGAAGUGGUGGCCUGUGGUUUUUCCCUACACUUGGAGGACAGGGAGAAUGAGACUGCAGGUGUUGCAAGAAACACUUGGUAACCUGUCUGAUAGAUCUGCCAUCUGAGAAUAAUAGCCUAAUUUAUCAACAUGAAGGACAGCUUAAUACUGUAGAUAAAUACAUUGCCUGAGGCUGUACAAAGAAUAUAAUAGUGAAACAAGUUUCAGCUCUAUUUAUGGAUUAUGAAAAGAAUUUUUUAUCAUUUGAAAACUAUCAGUGAAAAUGUAAUCAGAAUCUACACUGGCUAUCAUGAUUCAGUCUCUUUUUCGGCUGUUGGGUUUUUACUUGAGGGAUUUUCUGUGUUUUAGGGGUUGAUUACCUUUCACAUGUGUAUGUAGUAUGUGCUGUGUAAUACUAUUGUACUAAAGAGAAAUCUCGUUGCUUUUCUUUCUAUAAAACUACAAACACGUUUUAAAAUAGACUGAUUUACAUGCAAAAAAAAGAAAUGUUUCUUUUAAUUAUUGGCUCCAACAGAGGUUGUACUUUUUGUACAAUAAAAUUGAGUAAACC